CAUGGCUGCGCUGAGGGACUGCAAGGCCUGGCAGGAUGCUGGACUUGUCCUGUCCACGACCAGCAAUGAAGCCUGUAAGCUCUUUGAUGCUGUGCUGACACAGUAUGCAACUUGGACCAAUAAUGAGAGCCUUGGAGGUAUUGAAGGAUGUCUCUCCAAGCUAAAAGCAGCAGAUCCAAACUUUACAAUGGGACAUGUCAUUGCCAAUGGCUUGGAGCUGAUUGGCACUGGCAGGACCGUGAGGCUCGACAGGGAGCUGGACAGCGCCGUGAGAGCCAUGGUGGCACUUUCCGAGUCACAGCCACUGACAGAGCGGGAGAGGCUUCAUGUGUCGGCGUUGGACGUGUUUGCCAGGGGCCAACUUCCAAAAGCUUGUGAUCUAUGGGAGCAGAUUCUGCAGAGCCACCCCACUGAUCUGCUAGCCCUCAAAUUUUCCCAUGACACUUAUUUCUACCUGGGAUACCAACGCCAGAUGCGAGAUUCUGUUGCCCGUGUUUAUCCUUUCUGGACCCGUGAUGUUCCACUGAGCAGCUAUGUGAAGGGCUACUACUCUUUUGGACUUGUGGAAACAAACCUUUUUGACCGUGCUGAGGAGGUUGCCCAUGAGGCUUUGGCUAUAAAUCAGACAGAUGCAUGGUCUGUCCAUACUAUAGCUCAUGUAAAUGAAAUGAAAGCUGAGGUGGAGAAAGGCUUAAAAUUCAUGAAGGAAACAAAAAAGAACUGGAAGAGCAGUGAUAUGCUUGCUUGCCAUAAUUACUGGCACUGGGCUUUAUACUACAUUGAAAAGGGGGAAUAUGAAGCUGCUUUGACAAUUUAUGACAAGCAUAUUGCUCCCGUGUGCCUGGCAAGUGGAAGCAUCCUGGAUAUAGUUGAUAACUGUUCAAUGCUGUACAGGCUUCAUCUGGAAGGUGUAAAGCUUGGGAACAGGUGGAAUGAUCUGCUUGGGGUUGCAAAGAAGCACACCAAGGAUCACAUUCUUCUGUUCAAUGAUGUGCACUACUUGAUGUCUUUCCUUGGAGCCAAAGACCACAAAGCUACUGAGGAGCUUUUAACAACUCUGCAGGAACUUGCCAGAGCACCUCGUGAAGACCACCAGCUUUCCCUGGCUCCUCGUUUGGGGCUGCCACUGUGCCAGGCUUUCAUGGAGUUUGAAAAUGGGAAUUGUGACAAAGCUGUCGACCUGCUCUACCCAAUCCGUUAUGAACUAGUCCAAGUGGGAGGCAGUGAUGCUCAGAGAGAUGUUUUCAGCCUGUUGUUGAUUCAUGCUGCUUUAAAUUCUAAAUCAAAGGCCAAACGAAACCUUGCAAGGUGUCUCCUGCAUGAACGUGAUCUGCUGAGACCCAAGUCACCAAUGACCGAGCGACUGAUCAGGAAGGCAGCAGCUGUGCACUCCAUGGCAUAGGGCUUUCCUCCAGCUUCAGCUGGAAGAGCCAGGAGCUUUCCACAAAGCCUGGGUGCAGGGAGUGCAGGGGUGCUGUGAAGGAAUUUAAGGAGGUACUCAAGGUUAAAAAGAUCUGAGAAUUAUUUCCUUAAAAAAAAGACAGAGCUGUUGCAUUUCUGGAGGUUGUGCUUUAGAUGAUUCCACAAGGAAAGAAGAAAACUUGUGAUAAUGCAAGCAAAACUAGCUGACAAAACUUUCUGAAGCAUCCCAAAGGCACUGCUGCCCUGGUAUGUUUUCCUGAACAUUCCCUCUGACUCUGAUUAUGCACAGUGCAGUAACAGUGCCUGGAUUUCAGUCCUUCUUUGGCCAAGUUUGUUACUUGGCCUACAUGUGAAUUUUAGCUGCUCAGGUAAUUCAAAGGGAGCUUUUAAAUAAAGCUAAUAGGAAGAUGCAGGGCCAGAGCAAAUACAGGCAUGAACUGAAUUCCAUAUUGAGCUUCCAGCCCAUUCAGGCAGGAGUCACAGAUCUGUCUGCAUUCAGGAUCUCUUUCCAGGUGUACAUUUUUAAACUCCCUCUCAUAAAAUGUUAAAUUUUUCCCCCCAGUAUAGCACAUCAGAGCUUUCUGGCAUUACUGGGUAAAUGCAACCAGACAAGAAUAAUGACUACUCUGACAUGGGUGCUCCCUCAGCACUUUUAAAUCUUUGAGAAAAAGGGAAGAGCCUGGAUUUCAGCUGAACAGUACCAUUUCUGAAGGGUUGUUGGACUAGGUCUUUGUGCUUCCCUGAGCUUUUGGAUAGUCUGGCCUUACCACCAUCUCACUCCAGAGAGGCUCUGCACAUUGGCAAAGUGGGGUUUAAACUAGAGGUGAAGGCCAGGAGGGAGCUUCUGCCAGGGGAAGGAGGGCUCAGGGGGACGGGCACAGCUUGGUCCCAUCAUGUGUGAUGGGAUAAACUUCAGUGCUGCAAGUCAGGCACAAUGUGAGCCACAGGCCUCGAGGGAGCUCUGGUGCCUCUGGAUUCCUGCAGCGUCCCAGAGCUAACACACUGUCUUGCAAAAGUAUUCCAGAAAUCCCUAAUGACAGGGAAGAUGGUAUUUCAGACCAAAAUUGAACUCAUGCCUCCUCUUCUGGAAUAGAAGUCCCACACUCUGCUCUGCCCAAGCUCUGGCUUUGUUUCCACAGCUCUCCUGGCCUCACAGGCUCCCCCUCCUUCCUAUCUAGCUCAGGCUUUUCCCCAUGUCCCACAGCAGCCUUGUCCUACAGUUUCCUUUUGACCUAACAAAGCACUUCCAUAGCUGGCCCUGCACUGCCCUUGGAGUUCCUGCAUCGUGGAACAAGAGGUAGAAGUGCUUUGCUGACAUUUUGCUUUACCCAAUCCUACCAUGAUGCAGAAAUAGCUUAUUUUUAAAGGAAGAAUAAUAAAACCAUGUAAGGGAUUGCAUUCCUUGCCUUCAGGUGUUCUGAUGGAUGAGCAUGCUGUUCUUCAGCAGACAGCUUGUCUGCUCAGCCAUGGUGGGGAUGACUCACCUGGGACACGUUACACUGGAUUUUUACUAUUAUUUUUAAUAAGUGCACUUCAGGCAAUGACUUUAGACAGGUAACUUUUUACUCGAGGAAUGUAACAAAUUGUAUAGGGAACAAAAGCCCGAGAAAAGCCUGGCUAUGCAGGGUGUGAUCAAUGUAAUCAAGGACAGCUCUACUUUCAAUAGAACAUGACUGAGAAUUUUGUCUGCUUUGCCUUAAUAAAUUCAAAGAUGAUCUUUGUUAA